AAAGAGAGAAAAGUUCUAUAUUGCCUUUCAAGAUGGAUUACAAGCUUGUAAUGGGAGGAAUUAUAGCUUCUAUUUGGGCAUUGAUUUUGGUAUAUAGAUUAAGAGGAAAGGACAAUAGAGUUCCAGUGAAGAGCUUUAAAGAUGAAAAGCUGAAGAGAGGUAGAAAAGAAAUAUGCCCGACUGAGAUGGCUGCAACACCAGACAUAAUCAUUGUUGGUGCCGGUGUUGCUGGUUCAGCUCUUGCUUAUGCACUUGGCAAGGAUGGACGUCAAGUGCAUGUGAUUGAGAGAGACCUAAACGAGCCUGAUAGAAUUGUUGGUGAACUCUUGCAGCCUGGCGGGUAUCUGAAACUGAUCGAGUUGGGUCUUGAAGAUUGUGUAGAAAAGAUUGAUGCUCAGCAAAUAUUUGGAUAUGCUAUUUUCAAGAAUGGAAAAAGUAGCAAGCUGUCAUAUCCUCUGGAAUCUUUUCAUAAUUCAAAUGUGGCUGGAAGAAGCUUCCACAACGGACGUUUUAUACAAAGAAUGCGAGAGAAGGCUGCAUCUCUUCCUAAUGUGAGAUUGGAGCAAGGAACAGUAACAUCGCUUCUUGAGGAAAAUGGAACAGUUAAAGGGGUAAAUUACAAAACUAGAAAUGGUGAAGAGUUGACUGCUCAUGCUCCCCUCACAAUAGUGUGUGAUGGUUGUUUUUCAAAUUUGCGACGCUCUCUCUGCAACUCAAAGGUUGAUAUCCCCUCUUGUUUUGUUGCUAUUGUGCUAGAGAACUGUGAACUUCCUUAUGCAAAUCACGGACACGUUAUUCUGGCAGAUCCUUCGCCCAUCUUGUUUUAUCCUAUUAGCAGCAGUGAGGUGCGCUGUUUAGUCGAUAUACCAGGCCAAAAAGUACCCUCCAUUUCUAAUGGUGAAUUGGCAAAAUAUAUGAAAAGCGUGGUGGCCCCACAGAUCCCUGCUGAGCUAUAUAAUGCUUUCAUAUCUGCAAUUGAGAAGGAAAACAUUAGAACAAUGCCAAACAGAAGCAUGCCAGCUUCUCCUUAUCCAACUCCAGGUGCUCUUUUGUUGGGGGAUGCGUUUAAUAUGCGACAUCCUUUAACAGGAGGAGGAAUGACCGUUGCACUUUCUGAUAUACUUUUACUGAGAGACCUCCUUAGACCUUUAGGCAGUCUAAAUGAUGCAUCUGCCUUGUGCAAAUACCUCGAAUCCUUUUAUACUCUUCGAAAGCCAAUGGCAUCCACCAUAAAUACAUUAGCAGGUGCCUUAUACAAGGUUUUCUCUGCAUCAACUGAUCAAGCAAGAAAUGAAAUGCGACAAGCAUGUUUUGACUAUUUGAGUCUUGGAGGUGUAUUUUCCAAUGGACCCAUAGCUCUACUCUCUGGACUAAAUCCUCGCCCAUUAAACCUAGUCCUACAUUUCUUUGCUGUGGCUGUCUAUGGAGUCGGCCGCUUAAUACUUCCAUUUCCUUCGCCUAAAAGCAUUUGGACCGGAGCUAGAUUGAUUUCAGCGGCAUCAAGUAUCAUUUUUCCCAUAAUGAAGGCAGAAGGAUUUGGACAGAUGCUUUUCCCUAUAAGAGCAUACAUAUGAUACUUGAUAUAACUAUGCUCUGCCCCACAAGCUAUAGGUCCUAUAACUAUAUGCCAGCAUAUAUCAGAGCUCCUCAUGAUUAUUGAAUUUUGAGAACUAAGCAUAGCAUUUUUGCAGGUUGAAUAGGUAAGUUUUAUGCCAAUGGUUCUGAUCUUGAAAUAUUGAAGUGGAAUUCAAUCUACAAGUGGAUGAAAAGUAAAGCUCGUGUGCA